AGGAGGUGGAGAGAGCAGCCUCCGGCAGCGGGCGAGGAGAAUGGGAGUGCGAAGCGACAGACCGCCGCGGGGUGUCACGGCCGCGGCGAAGCCAGCGAGGCGCCCAGUCGGCGCCCGCCGCUUUUAAACCCGGGAGAGGGCGGCGGCGGCGGUGGCUGGCGGGUCGCGGCGCGCGCGCGGUGCCCGGGCGGCGGCCGAAUGGAGAGGAAGACCUCGGCGGCUGGGGCCAAAGGGAACCCGAGCCCGCCCGCGGCCGGCGAGGGGCAGCAGCCACCGCCACCGUUGUGUGUCCCGGGCGGUGGCGGAGGGGCCCCGGCUAGGGGCCAGGCUGGGGCGGCGGCCGAGCCCGCCGAGCUCAUCCGGCGCGCGCACGAGUUCAAGAGCCAAGGGGCGCAGUGUUACAAGGACAAGAAAUUCCGCGAAGCCAUUGGCAAAUACCACCGGGCGUUGCUGGAGCUGAAGGGGCUGCAGCCGCUCCCUGGGGGACAGGAGCGGGACUCGCGCGCGGCCUCCCCGUCCGGAGACCCCAAGCCCCGCCACCUCCCGGAGGAGCAGAGCAAGACGGUGGAAGCCAUCGAGAUCGACUGCUACAACAGCCUGGCAGCCUGCCUGCUCCAGGCUGAGCUGGUAAACUACGAGCGAGUCAAGGAAUAUUGCCUCAAAGUCCUGAAGAAGGAAGGAGAGAACUUCAAGGCCCUUUACCGGUCUGGUGUGGCCUUCUAUCACCUUGGGGACUAUGACAAAGCACUCUACUACCUGAAAGAAGCAAGAAGCCGACAACCCACAGACACCAACGUGAUUCGGUAUAUCCAGCUGACAGAGAUGAAGCUCAGCAGGUGCUCCCAGAGAGAGAAAGAAGCCAUGUAACUAGGAAGCCUCUCCAGAACCACACCUAUGCCUGGCCUGGGACUUCCCAGCAGUCCCAGGUGGACGGUCCUCCCUGGGUUCUCUUCCUAUCUCCCACAUCUCGUCCAGCAUCCCCUUCUUCUUCCUAUUGUCCCUCAACUCUUUGUCUACUCUCAGCGUGAAAAAAGGAGAGAUGCAAAUUUGGAAUCUGGUGGGUUCCCGGAACAAUGGAGACAUCUUUUGCUUUAGCAGGUCAGUGACCGAGAGGGGCCUGACUUCCGCCGGAACAGCUGCAGAGGAGUCUCACAUUCUGCUUUGACUUUGGCCAGUGCUUCUGUCAGAGGCAGAACCUGGCAGAUGUACCCUCCCAGAGGCAGCAGGCACUGAGCCCAGGGGCUGGCACCCUUUCACUCCUCCCUGACAGACCAGAGCAUCUCAAGCCAACCCUGAUAAACCCAAGGAUGAAACAAACACGAGAAGUUUUGCUUAAGGCAACGUAAGACUAAAUGAAUUUGUACACUGGAGUCCCUCCUAGUAACUCAGCCCAUGCCUCCCUCCCUCACUUGUUGUCUUGACUUGUGCUUUCUUAUUUUUCCCCUUGGGGAUCCGUGACUCAACUGCCAGGAUUCACAUGCCACUGAAGCCCACUCUUGGUGCCCUCUGAUGACCACACAUACCAUUCUCCUCACUCCCACACUCAGUGAGCAGGAGGGCAGGGGAGAGUGAGGCAGAAGUUGGGCAGGGCAGACCAUGCAGACAGGGAGGCAGGGAGAGAUGAUUCCUAGGGGAACGAGCAUUGUAUAGAUUGAGGGGUUGAUCUGUGCAUUCAUUCAGUGUAAAUAAAAAGAGAUUAACAGGCAGUAGCUCCUGUCAUUUCUGUUGAAGGAUGCCCACUCUCUUAGUUUAACUCCCGUUCCCAGCCCUCAAUCAGAGCUACUUUCAGCCAGGCAGAAUGGGGCUUCCUCCAAAGCAAUUGGCCAUUUGUCCAGUGGUAUGCAAUGCUGGCUGCAGCCUUUGUACUUUUAGAGUGGGCUGGGAUUGUGGAGACUGCCUAGCGACUUGGCUUUGUGGGAAUUUGUAUAGGCUCUCUUUGAUGAAAUUAUCUGAACUCAAUAUCUAGCACGUAGAAUGUGUCCAACAAAUAUUUGUUGAAUGAAUAAAUUAUGACUGUAGACCGGCUUUCCUGCCUUAAACUAAUUUUUCCCAGCCUAGUCUCUUGAUAUCUAUGCUCUUUAUGCUAUGCCAUAUUGCUUCAGUCAAACUAGAAACAUUUACUGAGGGCUUACUGCUUGCCCAUCAUAGUGCAAUAUGCUGUGGGACAUAAGAUGUAGUCUCAGUCUUCAAGAACAUGGAGGAAUUGAAAAAUAUGCAUAUGAGAUUAUUACCAAUGACAACUUUAGUUUAUAUGAUACUUUAAAAAUUUCAAAGCACUUUUGUGUAUUUUUCAUGUGACUGGUGAAAGACAAUAUAGUACAAAAUUAAAAUAUAUACAGAUGCAAUAAUGUUAAUAGUUAGCAUUUAUUAAAUGCACUAUCCUCAGAUCUUUACAUGUAUAAUCUCAUUUCUUUCAUGCAAUUACCCUAUGACUAUUGUUCCCAUUUUAUGGGUAAGAAAAAUGAAAACCAGAAAAAUUAUCUCAAGGUUGCAUGGCCCUCAGUGACAGAGCUAGGAUUUGAACCAGGUCUGUCUGAUUCCAGAGCUCUUGCUCUCAACUACCCUAUAAAUUGCCUCUUCAUAAUUAUCAUAUUGGGCAGUUACAACAAUUUGAGAAUAAGACAAGGUGCACUAAGAUGAAAAGCCCUGACCAAGUUAGCGGUGGUACAUGGGCCUCCUCUUGUGUUUGGCCCAAGGCAGAAAAAGUUCCUGAGAUAAGACUCCCUCGUGAGCAAAUCAGUGGCAGGCCGGAAUGCACAGUUAAGACUCAGCAGGUAUUUCUGUGUAUUGUUUGUUCUACUUGCUGAUGGGGCCAGUGCAUACCCAAACAACCCAUCGAGCAUUCCUCACCCAUCCCCAGCAUCAGAAAAGAGUCACAAUUAUAGGUAGAGACUGAAAGGAAGUACAAAGUUGAUUAUGGGUUAUUUGUGAAAUCGUGGCUGCACUGCUGCAGGAUCCCAUCACUGCCCAGGAGCUCAGAAGCCAGAAAACUCACAUGGCACCCCAAGGCUUUUGAUGGGGGCUGCAGGUAGGUGGUAGAAACAUCCAAAGAACCACAAUCACUUGUCUUUAGCUCACCCUUUGGGGAGGAGUAUAAGGAAAAAACUGUUCCUGUUCCCAUAUUGUCCCCCAUCCCUACCAUAUCCUUCUCUCUGCCUUCUUGAAAAUGGCUUCACAUGAGCCCAACUCAAAACUCACUCUGAAGCAUAGUCUAGGCAUAUGUGGGGAAAGACCCCAUCCCAGUCCUCCAGCCCAGAAAGUUCAUGAGUUGGCAAAGAGUUUGUUAAGAUCUGAAGGAUGAUGAUGAUGUUAGGUGGCCCCCGGGACCGGUUCAAAGUCUUCCUUUGACCUUCCUGCCACCAAGAAAGAUUACAGAGUCUCUAACUUCCCAACGUGGCAACAAGAGAGAGGCCUGGCUUAAACCAGUGUGUUGUGGCAGGGCUGGACCAAUAGGGAUAAAAUUAUUGCCAUCUCAAGAAGACUGAAAGCCAGUACUAGGUGAGGACAACCUCACAGAACUGCAUAGAACAAGUGCACAGUCCAUCUAUUUGUCUGGUGACUUAGACACACAUUUACUGGAAUGUCAUUCGCUCUGACUUGAAGUUAAGUGAUUGCAAAGAAAAAAGCUGCCUGGAAUACUGGUUAAGGAUGUUUGGGGGUGAUAGAGAUGAAUUAUCUGUGCAUUUGUCCAACAGAGGCUGCAGAGAGCUGUUAAACAAAAGCAGGUCCCUUCAACUCACCAAAUCUUUGAUUUCCUUCUCUCCACCACACCCUACAAAGGGGCUGCUAUUAAAUUACACGUUGUUUGCAGAUGUCACUGAUGAACUAUAUGUGGAACACUAAUCCUGGACCUGAUCUGCUUUGUCAUUCUCCUGCCUGGACUUUUGCAAUAGACUUUUUGGUGAAAAAAAAAUAUAUAUGGAUUUCUUUUAAUUAUUAUGAAAGCAUUACAUGUUUAUUGUAGAAAUUUUAGGAAAAAAAAAAUUUUUAAGACAAAACCUAACCCAUAAAAGGUAAAUAUUGUUAUCAUUUUGGAUAUACCUUUUGGUUCCUUUUGUUAUAAAUGUACACACCCACAUGCAGUUUUUUGAAACAAAAAUAAUUGGAUCACACUGUCUAUAAUAACUUACUUUUCAAAAUGUGUGUAUUUUAGAAUAUACAAUAGAUGCACUGAUUCAAAAUUCAGAACAUCCAAAAAGGUAAGCUGUAUAGUAAGACAUAAAUCUCCCUCCCACCCUGUCUGCCAGCACCUAGUUUCUCUCCAAUCACUUGUAUCUUCUUCUAGAGAUCUAGAUGCAUUUUUUAAACAUAUAUGUAUAUAUAUUCUCUUAUCACAUGCAAAUGGUAACAUAUUGGACACACUUUGCCCCACCUUCUGUAAUUUCACUGAAUGUAUCAUGAACGUUUUCUGUGUGUCUCUAAAACUUUUUCAACCACAUCCUCAUUACACAGAUGUACUCUCAUUUUGUAACUCAUUCCCUAAAUAGUGAUAAUUCAUGGGCUCUCGAUUUUUAUUAUAAAUACUGUUGCAACAGACAUUCUUAUGGCUAAAUAUUUGCACACAUCUAUGACUGUAUCCUUAGAAUAAAAUCCAAAAAGGAA